AUGUGUCUGUCUCUCUCUCUCUCUCUCUCUCUCUCUCUCUCUGUCUGUCUGUCUGUCUAUCUCUCUGCCUGUAUGUCUAUCUGUCUGUCUUUCUCUCUCUGUGUUGUCUAUAUGUCUGUCUGUCUCUCUCUCCCUCUGUCUGUCUCUCUUUCUGUCUGUCUCUCUUUCUCUCUGUUGUCUAUCUCUCUCUGUCUCUCUCUCUUUCUGUCUGUUUGUCUUGCUCUCUGUUGUCUGUCUCUCUCUCUCUCUGUCUCUCUGGCUGUCUUUCUAUCUUUCUGUCUCUCUGUCUCUCUGUCUCUCUGUCUGUCUGUCUGUCUCUCUUUCUGUCUGGAGUUCUUAAUCCAUUCUACGCUACACGUUGAAUUCUUUACCUAUCCUCAUAUCAUUCCAGAACUCUCUUCAUUUAAUUCCUAUUUUCUUCCUGUAGGCUUCGUUGAUUUCGUCUUUUCCCGAUAG